UUUCGUAUACUCACAGUCGAAAAAUAAGCACUUGUUUGACGUCAUUCGUACAUUUUUUUCUUCCUGUUCUUUUUCUUUAUAAACAUGACUGAUAAAGGCGUGGAUGUUGCUUGUCAAACUGAAAUAUGGGAGGAUACACGUAUGGAAAAGUAUCGAAAAAUGAAACGCAAGCUGAUCGAAUUAUUAAACAAACAAAAAGAAGCUCAGACAACACUUGAUAAAGCCAAUCGUAAAACACAGAAACGAACUCGUCAAAAGAAACCAGUCAAUGAAGAUGCUAUGGAUAUCAGUCAGGAUGAAGAAGUAAAAAAUCAACAAGAUGAACAACAACAAGAAGAGGAAGAGGAUGAAGAAGAAGAGGAUGAACUGGAUGAAGAUGAUGACCAUGAUACGCCAGCACCUAAAAAGACACGUAUCUCAAGAAGAAAACGCGUGACAAUCCCAAGAGACGAAAAUGGUAAUAUACAGUUACCGUUUCAGAUAGCUUCUUUGAAUGUGAUCAGUCUCGGUAAAAUCGAUUGGGAAAGGCCUGGUUUUCAUAAUGAGCGAUAUAUUUUCCCCAUAGGGUAUACAGUAGAAAGAACAUAUAUGAGUAUGGUAGACCCUCAUAACCAGACAACCUAUACAUGUAAAGUAGAAGAUGGCCAAGAUGGACCACUCUUUACGCUACAAGCAUCAGACGCACCUUCGAUUGAACUAUCUGCUCGAACAGCAACAGGGGUCUGGGCAUUAGUGCUCAAGAAAGCAAACGAAGUACGUCAAAAGGAAACGUCCAAUGCAAUUUCAGGGCCAGAAUACUACGGUUUUGCUCAUCCCCUAGUAAUUAAAAUGAUUGAAGAACUAGAUGGCGUUGAUAAUUGCAGUCGCUACACACGACGAACAAAAGAUAAUAUUUAACCUUAUCAAGUAAUAAAGCGUAAAUCUUUAUUACACAAAACUUACCUAUAAAAAGCUGCCUAUGAUGUCAGUAUCAUCAAUGCACACAAAAAUCAAAAA